GGAGGUCUCCCGAGGGCUUCUUUAAUGGCGCUGUCAGAUGUUUCUGCAUUCCUACGUGGAGCAAUUACUUAUCCUGUGUAAUUUGCCCACUGAUUGAGGAGCUCUUCCACAAGAUACAAUGCUCGUUCACGUUCCAUGGCACUUGGUGUUUUCUUCCUGCUUUAGUUUGGCAGCUGGUGGCAGCCAGGCUCCUGGUGAUCACAGGAGGGGACCCUUCUUCCAAAAUUCUUCUCUCCAAUACCUCAAUCCCUUUAAUGGAGGCCUCUGCUGUUCCCAUGGGUGUUUUGUGACAGUUUAGUCUAGUUUGUAUGUAAUUCAACCACACUGGUGCCAGGCACUUUGCAGCGUUAGUGGCUGCUAUGGGGCUUUGGGUGUUCAGUGAGUGGACUGGUGGGGAGAGUAAGUAGCUACUGCUCAGGCACUGUUUCACGGUGCCGAGUUGCCCCGAAUCCUAAAGGUUCCUAUUUUCCAUAGGUGGGCUGACUUCCCCACAUGGAGAUGCAAACCUGAGAGGCAGCAGGCAUGUCUUGACCUUGUAGGUGCUGCAUCAACAAGAUCAACAAGGGCACAGUUUGCUUUUCCUGAGGCACCCAUUCCUAGCCUGAUGUGUUUUCUAGCUGUUUGGGAGCCAUCAGCAGCUCCUCAAGUCUCUUCUGAUGUCAGUACUGUUGGAGCCCCCUCCCUCCUCUGAGUGCUGUAUCCCAGUUUGCAGUCCUUAGGAGCUCCCAAAGUCGUCUUUGUGGGUAGAGGCACCUCUGGGCCUGGCUUUCUGAGUUGACCCCAGGGAGCCCAUGAUGCCUUCAGCUCAGCCCUCAGACAGAGACGUGCCUUCUGUCAGGGUCCAGGUUUCAGAGGUGCCUUUGGUGGCCUCCGUAUGUUGAAACCUUGUAAUUUCCAGGAGGCUGCUGGUGGGGCCGAUUAUCUAGCUGGACUUCUCAUCCCUCAUGUGGAAUUUGCAGCCACUGCACAUUUGUAUGGCAGGAGCCUGGGUAUGGGGGAUGGCUUUAAUUAGCUUGUUUCUCGGCUGGGACAUGGAGGCCUCCAGAGCCUGAAGAAGUCAUUGGAAAUCACCAGAGCCCCAGGAUCAGAUACGGGAGGUUGUGUUUAAGGAAAAGACCUGCAUGGACCAGCAGAUUUUUCCUCUAGAUUGGUGGUUAGCAAGGCGGAAACAAGCUGCAGCGCUGGUCUGGCACCUCCCAAACGCUUAGGAGUGAUGGCUCCUCCCUUGGCAGCUUGCUUUCUCCCCCCCACCCCUUUGCCUUGUAUAUAAGGCCCCCUCGGAGCAGCCUUGGCACAACACAGCCCACUCCAGCGAGGCAGGGAGCAAGCUGCACCUCCAGUUCCAGCACCUCUGCUCUUGAGGAGAGUGAACCAGAAGGCCUUCAGCAUGGACAGAUGCAGAGUUCAGUGCUACGAGUACCCCACCUGCCCGGAUGUUGUGAAAGCUCCCAGAGAGGAGGUUGCCUACGUGACCUGUACCUACAGGGAAACAUGCAUCGACCAACCUGACUUCCUGGCCACCAUCGAUCUCAACCCCAGAUCUCCAUAUUAUUGCCAGGUGAUUCACCGCCUGCCCAUGCCCAACCUCAAAGAUGAGCUGCAUUCCUCGGGGUGGAGCGCUGGCUGCCCCUGCUUUGACGAUACCACAACGAAAAGGAACAAGCUGAUUCUUCCCUGUUUGAUUUCUUCCCGCAUUUACGUGGUGGAUGUGGGUUCACAGUGCCGGGCUCCCAAGCUGUGUAAGAUGAUUGAGCCAGUGGAUGUCUUCUGGAAGUGCAACAAGGGAUACCUCAAUAUACCUCGCAGCCUGCCUAAUGGCGAUAUUCUGAUUGCCAACACAGGAGAUCCAUCUGGCAAUGCGAAAGGUGGAUUUAUUGUGCUGGAUGGAGAGACCUUUGAGCUGAAGGGGAACUGGGAGAAUGAGUGUGACAGCCCGCCGAGUGGAUAUGACUUCUGUUACAAGCCACGCCACAACGUUCUGGUCAGCUCUGCCGGAGUAGUCCCAAAAUGUGUGGGAUAUGGAUUCAGUCCCGAUGACUUCAAGAAAGGGGUCUUUGGGCGCCGCCUGAACGUGUGGAACUUGUCCUGCCGCAGCCUCACCCAGUGCUUUGACCUGGGGGAGGACUCUCUGCCCCUGAGCGUUAAAUUCCUCCACAACCCCGAUGCUGCCGAGGGAUAUGUCAGCUGUGCCCUGAGUGGCAUCGUCUACCGCUUCUACAAGUGCGAGAGAGACAACUGGGCAGUGGAGGAGGUGAUUCGGAUACCGGCCAAGGACGUGACGGGAUGGAUUAUGCCCAAGAUGCCAGCAUUCACAGUGGACCUCAUCAUCUCAAUGGAUGACAAGUACCUCUAUCUCAGCAACUGGCUGCAUGGAGACAUCCGCCAGUACGAGCUCUCCAAAACCUGCAAGCCCAGGCUGGUGGGACAGGUGUUUGUGGGAGGCAGUAUCCUCAGAGGUGGACCCGUGGCUGUGUGUAGAGACGAAGAGCUGAAGUGCCAGCCGGAGCCCUUGGUGAUCAAGUGCAAGAGAGUGUACGGCGGCCCUGGUAAAAUGCAGCUCAGCGUGGAUGGCAAGAGGCUGUACGUCACCAACUCCUUAUACAGCACAUGGGACAAGCAGUUCUACCCGAACUUGGUCAAGGAAGGCUCUGUCAUGCUGCAGAUUGAUGUGGACACUGAGAAAGGAGGCCUGACCGUGAACAAGAACUUCCUGGUGGAUUUUGGAAAGGAACCCAAUGGGCCUUGCCUUGCCCAUGACAUCCACUUCCCUUGUGGGGAUUCCACCACCGAUAUCUUGGCCUAGGCGCCAUGUGAAAGACUCCCUUCUUCUCUCCCUUCUGUAGUGCAGCCAUUAAGAGCAUAGGGUAAUUGGGUCUGGGGGUCCGCAUGCAUUGCUGGAGUCUAGAUUUCUGCUAACAUAAGCUAUGGAAGCUCUGCCUUGUUGCGAGAGUUUGGUUCAGGCCGGUGAACAACGACACAGGCAUGUUUUCAGUGCAAAGCAAUCCCUGGGCAUGAUUCACAGAGCAGAGCCCAGGGCGAUUGCUCAGAUACAGACACGUGCAGUGCGCACAGUGCCUUUCGGCAGACAUCUGCAUACCCACCGUGCCUUGCCUCAUUGCUACAGGCCUGUCGGACACCUGCCUUGAUGUCCCCAGGCUGUUAGCAAUCGCUGUCUAGUACCGGGGCCGGUAGCAAGGUGUUGGACUCUCAGUUAUGCUUCAGAGCUUGUUCACCCUUGAAAACUAAGGCAAAAGAAAGUGAAGUGCCCAGUUUGUCUGAGUUACUGUUCUUCAGCCAGGACAUUCCUGGAUAGUCUUCCCCUGGCACAAGAGCCCUCUUGGCUCGCUUCUCACGUGCUUGGAUCAGUAUGCAUUAUAGCUGAAGGAGUAUGAAGUGCUUUAUUUCAAAAAGAGGUGCCUGUUUCAUGACACUGGUUUGCUCUUGUGUUCUGCUUUAAACAAGAAUAAAAUUGUUCUUUGCAUCA